AAUCAAAAUACAGCGAUGGGAUUAUUCGGAGAUAGCGUAGGAUUUAGGAACGUCAUGAAAUUUCUGGACCUUUUUGGGCGCCUGAAGUCUGUAGUUAUUGGAAUGAUCCAUGUCCAAGCUCUCCCAGGCACGCCUUUAGGUUGCAUGAAAAUGUCUCAGAUCACUGAAGAAGCAUGCAGAGAGGCUGAGAUCUACCAUAACGCAGGCAUUGAUGGUCUGAUCAUUGAGAACAUGCAUGAUAUCCCUUACUCGUUCUCUGUGGGCCCUGAGGUCUGUGCCAGUAUGACAGCAGUGUGUGCUGCAGUGAGGCGCCUCUGUCCAUCCCUGCCUCUGGGCGUGCAAAUACUGUCAGCUGCCAACCAGCCUGCACUGGCCGUCGCUCUGGCUUCAGGUCUGGAUUUCAUCAGGGCUGAGGGCUACGUCUUCUCCCACGUGGCUGAUGAAGGCCUUCUGGAUGCGUGUGCUGGAGACCUGCUGAGAUACCGCAAGCAGAUCGGUGCUGAGCAUGUUCAGAUCUUCACCGAUAUCAAAAAGAAGCACAGUUCUCAUGCCGUGACGUCAGACGUGAGCAUUGUGGAGACGGCCCGAGCCGCCGAGUUCUUCCUCUCAGACGGGCUCAUCAUCACAGGAACGGCCACCGGGCUGCAGGCCGACCCGACGGAGCUCAGAGACGUGUCCCAGUCUGUGAGAAUCCCAGUGCUGAUCGGCUCGGGAGUGACCUACGACAACGUGGAGCGUUACCUUGAUGCAAACGCCAUGAUCAUCGGCUCUCACUUCAAGAAAGGCGGCCACUGGGCCAAUGCGGUCGACUCCGAGCAAGUCCAGAGGUUCAUGGGCAAGAUGCAUAAACUGCGAAAAUGAGGGAGGAACCUGUCUGCUGUUGACCGACGGCUCGUUCUGUGGGUUGAAAUCUGUCACAUUACGCCCUGUAGAAACUAGUGGUUGACCGAUAGGGUUUUUCAAUGGCCAGUUUAGAGAUCAAGGCUGCUGAUUACUUUUAUACAAUAACGAUACCAUGUUGUUGUGUUUUUGCACGAUAAAUUUCAACAAUUGUUUGCUUAAGUAGAUCCGCACUCUGUCUGCAGUGCACUUGUUUAAAUAAAAAAAAAAAGAAUAAUCACAUAACUAAAUGUCCAGAGGUAAUUUCAAAAAACUGAAUUUUGGGAAAACAAACUAACAAACACACCAAAAACACAUAGAAAUGAAAAAUAAAUAAGACGUUUUUUGUUUAUUGGUCUUGUGAGCCAGUUAUCCCAAAAUGUCAGAUAUCGGCCGAUUAAUCAGCUGAUCAGUUAAUCGGUCAACCUCUAACAGAAACAUCAUAUUAUGAUUUGUCAUCUGGCUAAGCUGUAUGAUAGUGUUGCAACUAUAGAUUAUUUUCACUGACAGUUUUCAAUUAAUCAAUUAAUCAUGUAAUCAGAAGUGUCAGAAAUAAUUUCAAAUGCUCAUGCGCAGUUAGCAGUGGCCGUGGUGAUGUUUUCAAAUUGCUUCCAGUCAAGAAAACCCCAAGUAUUAAUUUUAUGAUAUGAAAUUAGAAAAUAAGCAAAUGUUUGCAUCUUUGUGAAGGCAGAAUACACAAAUGCUUUGGAUUUUCACUUUAUAAAUAACUAAAUCAAUGCAAUUAUAAAUCUUCUGUUGACUAACUCAUCAUUCAAGUACUGCAAUAUAAUUAUAACACCGAAUGAAAUACAUAUAGCCAACAGGUUAAGAAAACAAGGUUUAUU